AUGUUAGUGAAGGUACGAGCAACUCCAACACCGAAACCAGAUAAAUUAGAAAGUUUAGUCAACUUUGGUCUAGUUGUUCAGAAUUUUUGCGCUCAGUUGAAGGCGGUCGGUAUGGAGAACCAUCUGAAGAAUCCAACCUUACUACGAGAGCUCGUGGAGAAGUUACCGACGAAUGUUCGUCUGGAUUGGGCUCUAUUCCAGCGUCAACAGGUCGAAGUAGACCUAGCAGUCUUUGGGGAUUUUAUGUCAUCCUUGGUAUCAGCCUUGAGUCAUGUCGUCACGCCAACAGUAUCAAGUUCGUCUCUAGAAGUGAGGGGAGAAAAAAGAAAAGAUAAAGCUUUUGUCAACGCCCACACGAUCAAGGGAGAGGAUGAAUCCGCCACGGUAUCCGAGAAUCAACAUAAGUGUUGUCCAGUUUGUAAGAAAGCUGGACAUAAAACAAAGGAUUGCUUCCAGUUUCCUAAAUUAGAUCUGAAUACUCGCUGGAAAGUGGUUCAGGAUUAUAAUCUCUGUCGCCGUUGCUUAGUUGCCCAUGGGAGAAGACCAUGUAAAAGUCCGGUUUGCGGAAUCGAUGGUUGCGAAUACCGCCACCACAAAUUGCUUCAUUCGACAAAAACGAGUUCCGAGGGGAAGCUACCAGUACAGCCAAAAACUUCGGGUACGGUUUCACUUCAUCGGGAGUUUGAGGGUUCCACACUUUUUCGUGUCAUCCCAGUAACAGUAUAUGGGAAGGAAAUAUCUGUUGACACUUAUGCGUUUUUGGAUGAUGGUUCCGAAUUGACGCUCAUAUCAGAGGAAUUGGUGAAGCGACUUCGAGUAACCGGUACGCCCGAUCCUCUUUGUUUGCAGUGGACCGGAAAUGUGACUCGGACAGAACCCGACUCGAAAGUGGUUCAAUUACAGAUAUCGGGUAGAGGAUUUCUUAAACGGUUUCCAUUAAAAGAUGCUCGUACUGUAAUGAGUCUCGAUUUACCAUCGCAGACACUUGAUUUUAAAGAGAUGGAAGAGAUGUUCUGCCAUCUACGCGGCCUUCCGGUAGCAGAGUAUUUCAACGCUACCCCAAUGUUAUUAAUUGGUUUAAACAACGCACAGUUGAGCGCAUGUCUAAAGCUUCGAGAGGGUAAACUCAACGAACCAUUUGCAUCGAAAACAAGAAUUGGUUGGUCGAUAUAUGGGAACAUAGGAGUGAUGGAAAAUACUUCCAAGCACCGUCACGUCCAUGUCUGUUCUCGCUCGCGAGAUGAUGAAUUGCACACUAUGGUGCAAAGUUUCUUCAAUGCCGACAGAGAAGGAGUAUCCACUGUUCCUCUUUUGGAAUCUGUCGACAACCAGCGAGCUCGAGCUAUUUUGGAGAAAACUACUGUGCGCACAACGUCCGGAAGAUUCGAGACCGGUCUGUUGUGGCGUUACGACGAGAUUGAAUUCCCCGAUAGUUUUCCGAUGGCUGAGCGUAGGCUGCAGUAUUUGGAACGUCGACUAUUGGGAAACCCAUCAUUAUACGACAACGUGCGACAACAGAUAGCUGACUAUCAGCAUAAAGGGUACGCACACAAAAUCACCGAAGGAGAUCUACAGCGUUCUGAUCUACGGCGUGUAUGGUACCUACCAUUGGGAAUAGUACUGAAUUCGAAAAAACCCGGAAAAGUUCGUGUAAUAUGGGAUGCCGCUGCAAAGGUUGAAAACGUUUCUUUCAACAGCAUGAUCCUCAAAGGUCCAGACCUAUUGAUAUCUCUCCCUAGUGUGCUCUUCAAAUUCCGUGAAAGGCAAAUAGCAGUAAGUGGUGACAUCAAAGAGAUGUUUCAUCAGGUGCUGAUACGUUCGUCCGACCGUCAAUCUCAACGGUUCCUUUGGAGGAACGAUCCUUCAGAUCCUGCCGAAGUGUUCGUUAUGGACGUAGCCACGUUCGGUUCCAGUUGUUCGCCUUGUUGUACGCAGUUCGUAAAGAAUCUUAACGCUAAAGAAUAUGAGACCCAAUACCCUAGAGCAUCAGCAGCCAUUCAAAACAACCACUACGUGGAUGAUUAUCUCGAUAGCUUUGAUACGAUCGAUGAAGCAUAUCAAGUAGCGGAAGAAGUGCGAAUAGUUCACCAGAAAGCCGGAUUUGAAAUCCGGAAUUGGCUGUCCAACUCAACAGAACUGAUAAGUCGUAUGGGGAAGGUUGAAGUAGAAGCCUUCAAGUGCCUCAACAACGAUAAAGAAGAAGAAUGUGAACGGGUGCUUGGGAUGAUGUGGUUCCCAGUCGAAGAUGUGUUCCGGUUUAAGUUGACACUCCGUGAUGAAAUGGAAGAUCUAUUGCGAGAAAAAAGUGUGCCAACAAAAAGAGAGGCUCUCCGCCUCGUGAUGAGUGUGUUUGAUCCCCUCGGAUUAAUAUCGAUGAUUGUGAUACACGGUAAGAUCCUCAUACAAGCCAUUUGGAAGGCGGGAACAAGUUGGGACGAUCAGGUUCCACCAGAAAUAUUUGUUGGUUGGCAACGCUGGGUGAACGCCUUAAUGAAAUUAGAAACGAUUGAAAUUCCACGCUGUUAUUUGCCGGAUCACGAACCGGUGAGUUACGACAGUUUGGAACUGCACGUUUUUGUAGACGCGAGUGAGAACGCUUAUGCUUGUGCUGCGUACUUUAGAAUUGUAGAUCGAGGGUCGGUGAAGUGUAUCUUGGUUUCUUCAAAAAGCAAAGUAGCUCCGGUAAAGUCGCUUUCAAUACCGAGGCUUGAACUACAGGCGGCGGUUAUCGGUACUCGCUUCGGAAAAACACUUGUGGAAAAUCAUUCUCUCCGAAUUAGUCGCAGAAUUUUUUGGAGCGACUCCAGUACGGUGUUGGCUUGGAUCCGGUCAGAUCAUCGACGAUACAAGCAGUACGUAUCCUUUAGAAUUAGCGAAAUUCUGAGUGAAUCCACCAUAGCAGAAUGGCGAUGGGUUCCUACCAAACAAAACGUUGCGGAUGAAGCGACAAAAUGGGGCAAAGGCUCGGAGUAUGACCCUACUACUAGGUGGUUUAAGGCGCCAGAUUUUUUGUACAACUCAGAGAAAGAAUGGCCAACCCAGGAAAAUACAAUUUUUGAUACGUCCGAAGAAAUUAGAGCAGUUCACAAUAUCCAUCGGAACCAGAACGAGCAAAACAUUAUCGAUUUUAGUAGAUUCUCAAAGUUUGAAAGGUUGGUGAGAAUGGUUGCUUACGUUCAUCGUUUCAUUACCCAAUGUAAAUUCGGGCGCAGCUAUGGUAAUUCUUCGAAUAGCGUUUUAUCCAGAGAAGAUUUGAAAGAAGCUGAAUCAACAAUCUACCGGUUAACACAGAUGGAAGCUUACCCACUCGAACUCGCGAUUAUGCGGAAAAAUUUGAAAAGACCCUCGGAUCAACAAAUUCUGCUAGAAAAGAACAGUGUAUUGUAUAAACUGUCGCCGUUUCUGGACGAAUCAGGAGUAGUACGCAUGCAAAGCCGCAUCAGUAACGCACUGUAUGUCUCCUACGCAACGAGGAAUCCAACAAUUUUGCCAAAAAACCAUCCUGUGACGAAGCUGUUGGUUAACUACUACCACCGUAAAUAUGGUCACUGCAACAACGAGACGGUAGUCAACGAGAUUCGUCAGUCCUUCCAUAUUUUCAAUCUCAGGACAACAGUGCGCAAAGCAGCGAAAGAGUGUAUGUGGUGUAGGGUGUGUAAGUCCGCUCCUGAGACCCCGCGAAUGGCUCCGCUACCUUCGGCACGAUUAACGCCACAUGUUCGUUGUUUCACCUUCGUUGGGCUAGAUUACUGCGGCCCAUUUCUCAUCCGAAGAGGAAGAUCGAGUGUCAAACGAUGGGUUGCACUGUUUACAUGCUUAACAGUGAGAGCAGUUCACUUGGAAGUAGCGUAUUCCCUCGAUAUUGAUUCGUGCAAACUUGCGAUUCGGCGUUUUAUAGCCAGAAGAGGUUCUCCACAAGAGAUCUACAGUGAUCAAGGCACAAAUUUUCGUGGAGCCGGCAAGGAACUAGCAAAGGAGAUUCAGAAUAUGAACCAAUCAUUAGCAGGAACUUUCACUAACGCCAGAACCCAGUGGUACUUCAAUCCUCCGGCGGCUCCACACAUGGGCGGAGCCUGGGAGCGCAUGGUACACUCUGUAAAAACUGCGUUGAUUGCUUUGUCUGCUCCGAAGAAACCUGAUGAUGAAUUGUUCUGCACGGUUUUGGCGGAAGCUGAAUCAAUGGUCAACUCAAGGCCGCUUACAUACUUACCUCUGGAUUCUGAGACGCAGGAGUCAUUAACGCCGAAUCAUUUCCUCCUGUUGAGCUCCUCCGGGGACAACCCCGGAGGAGCUCAACAGGAGGAAAUGAUUCGGCGUUAA